CAUUCUUGAAAAGUUGCUUUAGUAGCAGGUCAAAAGUCAAAUUUCCAUUUUCUUAAAAGUAUGCAGUUGAUCAUAACGGUGAGUCACAAACCAGGGGCAUAAACCAUAUUCGAUUCCGUCAGCCGACCACAGCUACGCUGCUAUCUCAGCAGAUUAACGCUACCAAACCUUCAUUUCUUCCCUCACUCUCACCAAUUUUUCUCUCUUUGGUCUCCAAGAAUGCAUUCCAAUCACCUGUUGCUCGAAGAACCCAUCAGGAUGGUCUCCAUCCUGGAGCCAUCCAAAACCAAUUUCUUCCCGGCGAUGACGAAGAUCGUCGGGACACUGGGUCCCAACUCUCGUUCUGUAGAUGUUAUUUCUGGGUGUCUCAACGCGGGGAUGUCUGUUGCAAGAUUUGAUUUUUCAUGGGGAGAUGCUGAUUAUCACCAAGAGACUUUGGAGAAUUUGAGGACUGCUAUUAAGAAAACCAAGAAGCUCUGUGCUAUUAUGUUAGAUACAGUGGGCCCAGAGUUGCAGGUGGUUAACAAAAGUGAGAAAGCAAUUUUACUUGAGGCAGAUGGAAUUGUUACUCUCACACCUGAUCAGGGCCAAGAAGCAUCUUCUCAAGUGUUGCCCAUCAAUUUUGCAGGCUUGUCUAAGGUUGUGAAGAAGGGAGACACCAUUUUCAUUGGUCAUUAUCUCUUUACAGGAAGUGAGACUACUUCUGUUUGGCUAGAGGUUGAUGAAGUGCAGGAUGUGGACGUGCUAUGUGUGAUUAAGAACUCUGCAACUCUGGCUGGUUCAUUGUUCACUCUACAUGCAUCUCAAAUUCAUAUUGAACUGCCUACACUAUCUGACCAGGAUAAAGAGGUUAUAAGCACAUGGGGCGUUGAAAACAAGAUUGAUUUCCUUUCACUGUCUUAUACAAGGCAUGCUGCGGAUGUUCGUGAGGCUCGUGAAUUUCUUUCUAAGCUGGGAGACCUAAGUCAGACUCAUAUCUUUGCUAAAAUUGAAAAUGUAGAGGGUUUAACUCAUUUUGAUGAGAUCCUUCAAGAGGCUGAUGGUAUCAUUCUUUCUCGUGGAAACCUUGGCAUAGAUCUCCCACCUGAGAAGGUCUUCCUGUUUCAGAAGGCUGCCUUGCAUAAGUGUAAUAUGGCCGGAAAACCAGCUGUCAUAACACGUGUUGUAGAUAGUAUGACAGACAACCUUAGACCUACACGUGCUGAGGCAACCGAUGUUGCUAAUGCUGUGUUGGAUGGAACUGAUGCAAUUCUUCUUGGUGCCGAGACUUUGCGCGGGCUAUACCCUGUUGAGUGUAUUUCUAUUGUGGGCAAAAUUUGUGCUGAGUCAGAGAAGGUUUUUAAUCAAGACAUGUACUUCAAGAAGACUGUCAGAUUUGUUGGGGAGCCUAUGACGCACUUGGAAUCAAUUGCCUCCACUGCGGUACGUGCUGCCAUCAAAGUGAAAGCUUCUGUGAUUAUUUGCUUCACUUCAUCUGGAAGGGCUGCAAGGUUAAUAGCAAAAUAUCGCCCAACAAUGCCUGUGAUAUCAGUUGUCAUUCCUCGCCUCAAGACAAAUCAACUCAAGUGGAGUUUUAGCGGUGCAUUUGAGGCAAGGCAAUCUCUGAUUGUUCGUGGCCUUUUCCCCAUGCUUGCUGAUCCUCGACAUCCUGCCGAAUCGACAAAUGCGACAAACGACUCAGUACUAAAAGUUGCACUUGAUCAUGGGAAAGCCUCAGGGGUUGUUAAGUCACACGACCGGAUAGUGGUAUGCCAAAAAGUCGGAGAUGCAUCAGUGGUCAAGAUUAUUGAACUCGAGGACUGAGAAAGCUAGCUGCAGAUAUGCGAGUAGACUCUACUGAAGCAAUAUCAUCCGAGGUUUUCUAAGUUAAUACUACCAUCUUACGUAUAGUGUGAAAUUGUAAUGGGGAAAACCUAAUGAUGCAAUCAUGCAACCCCUUUUUGAUGUCCAUAUGCUCUUAGAAUAAUAAUGCAGUCAUAUUAAAUAAAUGUUCUCUUCAAGUACUUCAAAGUUGAAAAGGGAACUCUUUUUGUUACACGCAUAAUUGUAACUGUUCAAUUACAUGGAACUGAUGGAAGUGAUGAAAUCAUAUCCCUCAUCACUUAUCAGCACGAAGCCGCCACUAUUGGAUCUUGAAAGUUGAAACUUGAAAGCACAUAAUGCCCAUAUAUGUUAGUCUAACCUACUAACAUGAUCAAACACAAACAUCAUUUCGCAAUUCAUUGACUCAAUCUUCUGGUCAAAUUCGCUAUUUGAAUAAGCUACCGAUAAUUUACUCCAUUAAUCUGUUAACAAUUGAUUGUGUAAUGAGCCAUUCUGAGUCGUCUAUAAGGUAUAGUAUAUGUUAUGAUGCUAGUAUAAUUUUGUAUAGGAAAAAUUCACAUUAAUAAUCCCAACUAUUAGCCAUCUUCCAAUAUUAAUCCCAAAUAUACAUAAUUCUAGAAUAAUCCGAAAUUUACCUAUGUCCUUCUCGAAUUGAUCUCAGAUAACUUAUGACUUAACAAACCGGUAAAAAGAAUUAAAAGAAAAGGAAAAAGAGAAAAUGCCGGUCCCAUGAUGGGCCGUCUAGAGCAAUUUUGAGGCCCUAGACAACCAAAUAAUACUUCGUAUUUAAUUAUGAGAUACAACGUACUCACGUCUCACUGACGCCAGGUUAUGAUAAAGUUUUACAAUUAUUAAGAAAAGCUAUUUUAUGUGGUUGAUAUUGAAGUGAUAAAGUAUGAUUUAGAACCACACAAAUUUUGUCAAACUUGAUUUGUGACAUUCUUAAUGCAUAGGCUGAAAACGAAAGAUGAGACAAUCUUAGCGGAGUGGAGAGAAUAUAACUUCAAUAUAUUUUUUAGUAAAAAAAAUACAAAAC